AUGACUUGGUCCAAGAUUGAAUCAGGCCACUUCCAACGCCCCAUCGGGGAGAACGAGCGCUUCAUCAAAGCAGUUGGCGACCGAGCUCACUCAGAAGGCCGAGAGCACUGGUCCAUAACUUCAUACGCCUCGUUUAGGCUCGAUGAAACCACGUCCAAGGCCCCAGGAGAGGUUGUUCAGCUGCUACGACAGGCCUGGAAAAGGCUUCGCUUCCGACAUCCCAGUAUUGCCUCUACGGCCAACGACGACACUCUUGACUACCUUGUCCCAACACCUGAAGAACUUGAAGAUUGGGUGGAUGAUACCUUUACUAUUGUACAAAACGUGCAACUAAGCGUCAACGAUGUGAUCGCCUCGCUCAGGCCAUCGCGGUAUGUGACAGGGCACUACCUUGUUCAUGCAUCGCAGUUCAUCAUUCACCUGGCGCAUUGGCGUACAGAUGGCUACGGGGCGUUCCAGCUACUAGGUGCUUUUUUCGAAGCCGCCGUAGCAGACGAAAAACCCGAAUACCUGCCCUGGGGAUUGGAAACCGACCGGCUUGUGCCAACCGUGGAAGAGGCACUCAAAAACCCGGUAGACUCCAGCCCUGAGAUCCACGCCGCAGCAAAGAAAUACCUGUCAACUGUCACUCUCACGAAAGGAGCCGUCGGAGUGGCCUUACAGACGGACCUGUCUCGAGCACCUUCAGGAACACGAAGUGCUCGCCUACGGUUCUCUCGAGAGAAUACAGAUGCAAUCACACAAGCCUGCGAGAGCAAUGGUAUAAGUAUCCUAUCAGCCGUGCACGCAUCGACAGCUGCCGCAACCUAUCAUUUUGCGAAUGCUGAAUCAAAGACCAAGCCGUAUACGAGUACUAUGCGCUUCAGUAUCCGCCCUUACUUACCAACACCCUACGACAACGCCGCUGUUGCUGCGGGAAUAUAUACAGGAGGGUACAUGUUCCAAGUUUCCCCUUCGCAGUCCUGGAUCGAGAAUGCACGACAGUAUCAUCAUGAAUAUGAAAUUGGUAUUAGCAACGACUUCUUGAGCUCCAGAAGGCAGUACGCCCGGGAUGUUCUCGCGAUGAUGAAGGCUGCUCCACCCCCUUCAGCCACGCCCCCGAGUGAGAUCGACAUCUCCUUUGCUGAUGCAGAAACACACGUCUCUGAAAUCUAUAAGGGUCCGCAGAGAAAGAUUGAAGUUACUGAGGUUAGCGUUGGCGUUGAGACAUUGACUAGGCAGAUGUAUUGCUUUGUUUGGAUCUUCCGUGGAUGCUUGGAACUCAGCGCUGUUUACAAUGAGGCAUUCUAUACAGAAAGCUUUGUCCAGGACGUGGUGAGAGUGGUGGCAACUGUUCUAAGGAGAGAGCUGGGACUUUCUAGUAAUUAG